AUGUUUGACCUUGAGGAGGUUUUCAGAAGGCUGGAGAUAUCUGCUGAGAAGCAAGCGCAGCUAAGGAGGAAGACGCAGAUAAUGCACAAUCUGGAGGAGGUGUAUUCUGGAAGAGACAUGUCGAACAAGCUGUUGUAUACACUUGCAUGCACUGCAUCUCGGAAGAUUGAUCUUGGGAUGAUUGCAGAUUUAGUUGAAGCGGGAGUAAUUAAGCACGAAAGCAUGCUGAAGGAGUGUAUGAAGUAUGCAGAGCGGAGCGAUGUUAGCGAAGCGGAGCUUCGGAGGUUUGCUGAAGAGAAUGAUGUGGGAAGGGACAGGAUAUGUGAAGAGAUAGAGAGGAUGAUGAAUGAAGGCGUGAAGAAGAAGGAGAUGAUGAUGGAGAUGAGAAGAAGAAUGCCGUGUGCGAAUUUCAAGGUGGUUUCUGAGGAGGUUGGCAGAGUUGAGGAUGGCAGUGUGGAGGCAGAUCAUGAGCAUAAGUGCAGAGGGCCGAGUGUGGAUUGGCUUGAGGAGGGAGAGUUGAAGAAGCUGUUUAAGCCUGGGGAGAAUCCGCAAUUGAAUGAGAAGAUUAUGGAGGAGCACUUGAAGAGAACUGGGGGGAGGGUUGUGACAAGAUUUCCGCCUGAACCUAAUGGUAUAUUGCACAUUGGACAUGCAAAGGCCAUGAACCUGAGCUUUGAGUAUGCAAGAAGGAAUGGAGGAUAUACGUAUCUGAGGUAUGAUGACACGAAUCCUCGGAAGGAAGAGGAGGGAUAUUUUGAAUCGAUUUACGAGGAUGUGAAGUGGCUUGGGUUUGAGCCGUACAAAGUGACUGCAUCCAGCGAUUAUUUUGGAAGAAUGAUAGAAUUUGGAUUUGAGCUGAUAAGGAAGGGAAAGGCGUAUGUGUGUCACUUGAGCCAAGAGGAGAUGUGUGAGAGAAGGAGAAUGUAUUUUUCCGAGGGAAAUGGAGACAGGAAGUAUUUAAGCAAGUACCGGGACAGAUGCACUGAGGAGAAUAUGCGAAUUUUUGGUGAGAUGAUUGAUGGAAAGUGGAAGGAGGGAGAGGCAUGCCUGCGCUUCAAGAUGGAUGUUGACAGCAAGAAUCCAUUGAUGUUUGAUCUUGUUGGGAUGCGAAUAGUUGAUGUGGAGCAUCCGGUGAAGAAGGUGAACUUCCAUGUGUAUCCGACAUAUGAGUUUGCGCUUUGUGUGUCUGAUAGCCUAGAGGAUGUGACGCAUUCGUUCUGUACAAGGGAGUUUUACACACGGCAAGAAAGCUACAACUGGCUGCUUGACCAGCUUGAGAUAUACAAGCCUGUGCAGUGGGAGUUUAGCAGAUUGAAUAUAAGCAAUACUGUACUGAGCAAAAGGAAGCUUGUUCCGUUGCAGAAGUAUGGCAUUUCUCUUGACGAUCCCCGGCUGUUUACGAUUAAGGGGAUGAGACGAAGAGGGUUUCCGGCGAGUGCGAUCAAUGAGUUUUGCAGGAGUGUUGGAUAUACGUAUGCAGAGACGACUGUUGAUGUGAGGAUUCUGGAGAAUUUUGUCAGGGCCGAGCUGAACAAGACUGCACGAAGAUUAAUGUGUGUGAAGGAUCCGCUGAAGGUGACUAUUGUUGGAGUGCCUGAGUGUGUGGUGAGGAUUCCAGACAUUCCUGGAUGCUCAGAGUAUAGGGAUGUGCGUUUUACGCCGGUGGUGUAUAUUGAAAGGUCUGACUUUCAAGCGGUUGGGGAGGAGGGGUUUGAAAGGCUCACACUUGAUCAACCUGUCGGGCUUUACAUGCUGUAUUCAAUCAAGGUUGUGAAAGUUACGGACGACGGACUGAUUGCGGAGAUGAGCGAUGCGAUGCCGAAGAAGUUUAUACACUGGGUGUCUGAGGACUGUGUUGAUGUGGAGAUGCGAAUGUAUUCGGCGCUGUGGGCGUCAUUCAAUCCUGAUGAGGGAGACUACAUCAACGAGGUGAACAAGGAGAGCUUGAAGAUAUACAAGGGAAAGUGUGAUAAGCGGAUUCUUGAUGCAAGGAUUGAGGACAAGCUGCAGUUCCAAAGGAUAGGGUAUUUCUGUGUUGAUCGUGAUACAAGCCAGGAGAAGGUGGUGGUGAAUCUUACGAUUCCUUUGAGAAACACUGUUUGA